AUGAGCAAUUCAACUGAUCCAUCCGAUUAUUGCACGCUGGCCAUUUGUCCAUUAAGCGAAGCACACGUUGAAUACGUGCCUUCACUAGCCGGAAAUGCCUUCUACCUGGCCCUUUUUGCGGUCCUGUUGGUAGCCCAGCUGGUCCUGGGCAUUCGAUAUCGCACCUGGGGCUACCUCGGUGGUUUAUUUGGUGGCAUAGUACUGGAAAUAAUUGGAUAUGCUGGACGAGUGCAGAUGCAUUAUAAUCCAUUCCUCUUCAACCCUUUCCUUGAAUAUCUGAUCUGCCUCACAAUUGGCCCCGCAUUUAUCAGUGCCUCGAUCUAUAUAUGUCUCGGGCGGAUUGUCGUCAUAUAUGGAGAGAACAUUUCGCGCCUCAGUCCUCGGGCUUACACUAUAGUCUUCAUCGUCUGUGAUGUGGUUUCACUGCUGCUCCAGGCUUCAGGAGGCGCUGUUACCUCUAUCGCCGAUGCGGACCAGCCUGACAUGGCUCAAGCUGGCAUUAAUACCAUGAUCGCCGGUCUAUCGUUCCAGGUUGCCUCACUCGCUAUCUUCAUGGCGUUUUGUCUGGAUUUUGCCUGGAAAGUGUAUAGGAACCAGCACGAACUCAACCCGGACACACACCUGAUCGAUCUCCGCAAUAGUAUCAAGUGGAAAGCGUUCCUAGUUGGUCUGGCCCUAGCAACGAUUACCAUUUUCACUCGUUCUGCCUUCCGAGUUGCAGAGCUCCAGGGUGGAUUCCACAGCUCAUUGGCAAACGAUGAGGUUGUCUUCAUGAUCCUGGAGGGAGCUAUGCUCUCAAUUGCGCUUUUAUCUAUGACUAUUCUCCACCCCGGUAUAUGCUUCGAUGGUCAAUGGAAUAAGACGAAGUGGUCAUUUCGCAAAUCGCGUGACAGUGAGAUGAGUUUGAUAGGGAUCGAGGAUGGGCAGGCGAAGGCCAGGCAAUUUGAUUCUGCAUCAAACUGA